GCCGGAGCGACCAGCUGCCAAGCCGUGCUGUAACUGGGGACAGCUGGGCAGUCGGCACAGAUGGCGGCAGCAGGAUGAAGAGGAGGACCACGGCUAGCCCUUGCUUCCAGCCCAUUGCGUGGGGUUGUGUGCGGCGGAGGCAACCUCGGCAGGUCUAACCUGGUGGUCUGCCAGAAUUUUCUGUGGGAACACGCUGCAUUUCCUCGCAUUGCUGUGGCCGACAAAACCCAGAUAAAGUUACGAAAGACGCUAAUGGUUCUCGCAAGCAGUUCCAUGGGUUUGGAUGUGUUCAGUGGCUGCAAAAGAAUUCGAAGGGAAAGGAAGCACAAGUGCCAACCAGAUUAAAAAAUACUUCCAUAUUUUUAAAAUACGAUUGAAAGGACGAGGUGCCUCCAUGCUUCACAGCUGAAGGUGCAUAUGGUAAUGGACAAGCCAGACUCCUCCUUGGUUUAAGCACCACAUAGAAAUCUUCCCUGUCCAGUUAGACCAAACCUACACUAUCAGCUACCACAGCUGUCUGCCACAUCAACAAGGACUAAAGCUGUCCAGAGGAACUUCUGAUCAAGAAAUCAGAUUUUCUAGGGUCCGGAAGAGUCGAUAUGUUGGAUCGGAUUCAUCUGCUGGCUGCCGUGACAGUCCUGGGAGUCCUGGAGCAAGCCUACUUCUUCCUCCAGGUGAUCUAUGCCAGGAGGGCAUUUGGCAUUUCUCCUCCAAAGAUCUCAGGCCCACCUGAAUUUGAGAGGAUCUUUCGAGCACAGGUGAACUGCUCUGAAUAUUUUCCCAUCUUCCUGGCACUUCUGUGGCAGGCUGGACUCUUCUUCCAUCAAGGUCUGGCUGCAGCCUUGGGUCUGCUCUAUCUCUACGCCCGCUACUGCUACUUUAUGGGAUACAAAGCAUCGUCCUCGGAAAGGCUCGCCCCGAUAUACUUUGGCACCGGAGUUCUCUGGAUUCUCGUUGCAGCAUCAGUGCUGGGCAUCUUGCAUUUCUUCCUCUCUCACUACAUGGGGCUGAACCUCCUGCAGCUUCUCACAGCGUGACCCACUCCUCUGUCCCUCAUCCGUGUCCUCGCCUUCGAGUCCUGCUCCCUCCUGCCGCAAUAACAGACUGGCUGUAACUAAUACAGCUCUCAGCAACAAAUCCACCCUCACCUGAGUUUUUAACACCUCACUCCCCACUGCCCAGUGCCGGCACAAACCACUGAGCUCUUCAUGAGGUAUUUUUUCCCCACAGCACUCUGUGUGCCAAGUGCUCCAUAUCAGACAGCUCUGCCAUGCCUUAUGCGGAAACAACGCUCCAAAACGAGGAUUUUAGGAAAACCAGACACAUAAAAGCAAACUCAUCUCAGCCUGAGCUUCCCAGGGGGCUGCUCCAUGGAAUCACCAUGCAUUCCCCUUCCUCCUGUGGUUCUGCUUUCAGCCCAGGCACUAUCCAUGGGUUCAUGCCAGUUUUCCAAGGCCCACACCUAAGAAAGGCAUUUGUUUGAAAACAAGUGUAGGCUGAGGCAUAACAAAAGAGGCGAGGGAUAAACAGGAGCAACCACCACGAUGUUGUGCGAAAGUCUGUUAGUGCCCUCGUAAUGGUUACUAGCCAUUGCCCGUGGGCGAUACUGUAAAUCAGACCAAAUUCAUAACCUCUACUGCAUGUACAACUCUGAAUACUGCCAAGAGACAACGUGCACAAAUAAAAAGGCAGUGAGCUUGC